AUGUCUUCGGACAGAUUCUAUGCUACUAUAGAGACCGAGGAAGCACCUUGCAGUGCCAUUCAUAUUCAUUGUCUCUUCGGAGCCACAGAACUGCUUGCCAUUAUGAGCUCAGUGAGGACUUUGCAAGGCACAACACCCUAUGGCGCACCGCCAGACACCUUACUCGGACACCUAGUUGCACUCACGCAUACAACUCCAAGUGAACUGCUAGCCUGCAGUUUCAACUCAAUUGUCACGAUCUGCCAGCCAGAUAGCGCAGCCAAUGUCACUAACAAUUGUCACCAGAUCAUUGGUGAAAACAGCCCACAAUCAGUGAUCGAUCAGACCUUCACUGCCACUCGAACCCAAAAUAUUGCCAGCCAAACUCACUCGACAUGUCCUCUACGUAAUCAUUCGCUCCUGCAGACGGUGUACGAUCACCUUCCAUUGCUCACUGACUUGCUGGCCCUCAGGGCGACCAGCCUCAACUGCCGCCAUGUUGGGACACCCAUCAUCACCCAGCGCUUCGAUCGCAUCGUUGGACCCCUUGCAGUCAUAACAGGAUCUUGUGCACUGGAUAUGCUGACAGGCGAGCCUAGUGUGCGCACAAAUAUCAACUUUAUCGUGCCCUAUGGUCGCAGCACAGUUCUGUACACCUUCAUCCUGGAAAGUCUGAAAUACCAUCGGGUCACUCCAAACAGACGGGCACAUGUCAGCUUUGAAAGUACCAUUCACACUUUCGCCAGGUUCCAGCAAGGUUACAACACCAUCACGGUCACCGAAGCCACACCACGAGGCAUCUUCAAGGUCUUGAUGGCAUCCCCGACCACAGCCAACAUGAUCAUUAUGACAGCAGGCGGGCUUGCUGCGUUUUACCCCAAAUGGACCCUGGCGGGCAUAACCGUGACCAACCACACUUUUAUUCAAUGCCUUCCAGUCGGACGAUACUCCCUAGUAUCAUUUGCUAUGCGCUCUCAGACAAUGUGGCGUCUGUCUGAGCACUGCGGAAAUCCGGCCUGCAUGCACAACCCCUUAAACAAUACACAAACCGCACACCUCCCCCCCAAUCCCAUGCCUGCCAACCAAUGGAGCAUUUGUAUCCAGGAAGCACACAUUGCAAACCACUUUCUGCCAUACUGUGGCAAAAUUCAUGGCCUGCUGUACACUACAAGCGCAAUCACCCCCCAUCUUGUCGAUGUACCUUUCCAGGAUGGGGUCACAGAGCUCACCAAUCUCUCCCAACUUCAGAUAUUGCAUUGGGUGGAUCAACUCGGUCCUGACAGACAUGUACUUACUAGUGGUCGAUUCCGCAAGACUUAUCACACCUAUAUGGAUGACCCGGAGACACUGAACAUGUACAGCUACACGUUCCAUCGCGAACACACUGCGAUGCCCUCGCCCCCGAAUGCAAUGAUUCAUGAACUAGCGGAUAUCACAUCCAAUGAGGAUGAUGUGAUGGGCAAUGUAUUGGUGGUGAAGCACCUGCGAGGCAGCAAGCACGAUGUAGUUGACUGUUCAGCAGAGGACAUUCAGUGCGUAAACAGCAUCAUCAUCAGGUAG